AUGACUUCUCCAAUAAUUCAAAAAGAUAUUGUGAGUGCAUGCAAGAUAGAAACAGUUAAAGCUAUUCUCGAGGAACUAAAUGGUGACUACUUUGCCUUACUAGUUGAUGAAUCUUUUGAUAUUUCACGCAAGGAGCAAAUGACUAUUGUAUUACAAUAUGUUGAUAGAAUGGGAUUUGUGAUGGUGCAACUUAUUGGCAUUAUUCAUAUUCAAGAUACUAGUGCAUUAUCCCUGAAAAAGACAAUUAUUAAUUUACUUGCUCAACAUUCUUUGAGUCCAUCACGUGUGCAUGGACAAUGUUAUGAUGGGGAAAGCAAUAUGCAAGGUGAGCGUAUGGAUGAUUUACGAGAUUCUCAAAAAGCAGAAAUUCAAGAUGCAUUAGAUAUGGGUGAACUGACAACCGGUAGGGGCUUGAAUCAACAACUUGGUCUUUCAAGAGCUUGUGAUCCUCGUUGGGGAUCACAUUAUAAAUCCUUUAACAAUUUUAUUCUUAUGUUUGGCUCUAUUGUUGAAGUUAUUGAAUCAAUUGCUCUUGAUGCACGAAGUAUGGAUGAAAGAACCAAGGCAAUGUGA